AUGGAAUUCUUGAAUAACAUCAAUUUAGAAGAAUACUUGUCACAAACUUUGCAAUAUCAAAGUGGUCUUAAUAUGGACACUUAUCUUUAUAUCCCACUUGCAUCAAUGUCACCUUCACCCACUCAUAGUUACUCUACAACAACAUCGCCCGUUUCGCCGUCAUCAUCCAUCGAAUCGAAAGGAACUUCCAAGGCCAAACGCAUACGUACAGCAUUUACCAGCAAACAACUGAUCGAAUUGGAACGUGAAUUUCACAUUAAUAAAUAUUUAUGCCGCCCUCGUCGCAUUGAAAUUGCCGAACGUUUAGAUUUAACCGAACGUCAAGUAAAGAUUUGGUUCCAAAAUCGCCGCAUGAAGAGCAAGAAAGACGCCUCAAAAGCCCCAAAAGAUUAUACCAAACUGCGUGGCUGUUCAUCAUCUACCCAACAAAACAAUCAAAGCUCAGAUAACUUGCCUUUAUUCUUGGCGAACACUGAAAUUUCAGCUGUCAAGCAAGAACCUAUGGAGUCAUUAUCCAAUACCAGUUUCGACCAGCAAUAUAAAACAUCUCCAAUGACAUCACCCAACAGUCUAAAUGAGUCGACUUAUGUGAAAACUGAACCUCAAUAUCAAUCAGUAUUUAAUUCGCCACCACAAUCUAUGGAAUAUUUGGGCUCAUCUUCGGAAUCUCUGGCUCACAAUGAUUCCUUCUUCAACUCCACAUCAUCAUUGUUCGAUGAUUACCAACCACUUCCUUGCUUCAACGAUCAAAAAGAUAUUUUGGAUUUCCUAAUGGCGGAAAAUUUGCCAAAUAAUCAGUCAUCCGUUGAUGACAUUUGCAAUACAUUGUCCACCACAUCGUCAUCUUCAUCCUCAUUGUCAGCAUCUACGUGUUUAAGUUCUUUACAAUUUGACAUGGAUUUUGAUUUUGUACAAAAUCUCUUAAAUAUGUAA